AUGCAAGGGGGUGGGGAAGCUGAUGUUAUCUUUGAUGAAGGUGAACAAGAAGUUGAUAUUGUUAAUAAAGGGCUUCGUUUUGUCAUCGUCAUCCUUUGUAGGGUUGACUGUGACACGCGUCUGCUGUGCACGGAGGCCCAUUCGAAAAUAAAACAUCGAAAAAUCCAACAAAUCGAAUUCGAACCUCGACUCAAACUUGUUUUUCCCCAAACCAUAUGGAGAACAAGCCCUAGUUGGCUCAAUCUUCCGGGUCGAUUCUCCUCUUUCGGAGAAAUUUCACCUUGCUCUCUUAGUGGAUUUUAA